CCCAUUUUCACUCGUCGUCAUCAGAAAUUUCAAAUUUCAAACUAAUUUAGAGAGAGAGAGAGAGAGAGAGAGAGAGAGAGAGAGGGGGCCGUCGAGGUAUAGAGAGAGAGAGGGAGAGAGAGAAAGGGCCAUCGAGGUAGAGAGAGAGAGGGAGGGAGGGAGGGCGAUGGCGUUUAACCUAGCUCACCAGAUCGGGACACUAUGUGGGGUGGCGCCGGUGGCGGUGGAGGCGGCGGAUAGGAAGCCGGCGACGGCGGCGGUGCCGGUGCCGGGGGCGAACCUCCGGUGCCGGAUCCACAAGGCGGGGGGCGAGAUCGACCAGAUCUCGCCGCCGAUGAGCCCCUGCCGAUCGCCGGUGAUCGCGGCGGCGCUUCCGGAUCUCGCGGUGGCGUGCCGCGCCCUGACGGCGGCGGACGCGGCGGCGGAAGCAGCGGCGGCGGCGGCGGCGGCGGAGGAGGAGAUGGAGAGGGUUCACGGAGGAGGGGGAUCGGAGGGGGGGAAGGGGGUUCCGGUGUACGUGAUGCUCCCGCUGGACACGGUGAGGCCCGGGGGAGGGGGGAUGAGCCGGCGGAAAGCGAUGGGGGCGAGCCUUGCGGCGCUGAAGAGCGCGGGGGUGGCGGGGGUGAUGGUCGACGUGUGGUGGGGGAUCGUGGAGAGGGAGGGGCCGGGGGUCUACGAUUGGAGCGGCUACGACGAGCUCAUGGACAUGGCGCGCCGCGUCGGCCUCAAGGUCCAAGCCGUCAUGUCCUUCCACCAGUGCGGCGGCAACGUCGGCGACUCCGUCACGAUACCGCUGCCGCGGUGGGUGGUGGAGGAGAUGGAGAAGGAUCCGGAUCUGUGCUACACGGACCAGUGGGGCCGGCGCAACUACGAGUACGUCUCCCUCGGCUGUGACACCCUCCCCGUGCUCAAGGGCCGCUCUCCGGUCCAGUGCUACGCCGACUUCAUGCGCGCCUUCCGCGACCGCUUCGCCGACUUCCUCGGCUCCACCAUCGUCGAGAUCCAAGUGGGCAUGGGCCCCGCGGGGGAACUGAGGUACCCUUCCUAUCCGGAGCUCAACGGCACGUGGAAGUUCCCGGGCAUCGGCGCUUUUCAGUGCUACGAUAAGUACAUGCUGAGCAGCCUGAGGGCGGCGGCGGAGGCUGCGGGGAAGCCGGAGUGGGGCCAGGGCGGGCCGACCGACGCCGGGGGCUACAACAGCUGGCCGGAGGAGACCCCGUUCUUCCGCCGCGAGGGCGGGUGGGACGGCCCCUACGGGGAUUUCUUCCUCUCGUGGUACUCGCAGCUCCUGCUCGACCACGGCGAGCGCGUGCUCUCCGCCGCCGCCGCCGCAUUCGCGGGGCGCGGCGGCACCAAGCUCUCCGUGAAGGUGGCGGGGAUCCACUGGCACUACGGCACGCGGUCGCACGCCCCGGAGCUCACGGCGGGCUACUACAACACGCGGAGCCGCGACGGGUACCUCCCGAUCGCGCGCAUGAUCGCGCGGCACGGCGCGGUGCUCAACUUCACGUGCGUGGAGAUGCGGGACGGGGAGCAGCCCCCCGAGGCGAUGUGCCGGCCCGAGGCCCUGGUGCGGCAGGUGGCGGCGGCGGCGCGCGAGGCCGGGGCGGCGCUCGCGGGGGAGAACGCGCUGCCGCGCUACGACGAGGCGGCGCACGAGCAGAUCGUGAGCAACGCGGCGGCGGCCUACCAUGCUGAACGCGGGGAGGGGGAGGGGGAGGGGGAGGGAAUGGCGGCGUUCACGUACCUGCGGAUGGCGCCGGAGCUGUUCGCGGGGGAGAAUUGGGUGCGGUUCGCGGCGUUCGUGAAGCGGAUGGGGGAGGGGAGGGAGGCGCAGUGCCGGGAGCAGGCGGAGCGGGAGGCGCAGCAGCUGGCCAAUGCCACGGGGCCGCUCGUCCAGGAGGCGGCCGUCGCGCUCGCCAGUGGCUGAGAUCUCCAGUCCCACCCCAGACACCCCAGAGAGAGAGAGAGAGAGAGAGAGAGAGAGAGAGAGAGUGACGAGAAGCAACAGAUUAAGGAGAAGAACACCUCUAUCUCUCUCUCUCUAUCUCUCUCUCUCUCUCUCUAUAUAUAUAUAUACGUAUAUAUAAAUAUAUAUACAAAACCAAACCUAUAGAACAGUGCAUGUCUUUGUUACCUUUUCUUUUGUAUGGUUUAUUAAAAGCAGGGUAACUGGGGUUUUAUGUGUAAAGAUGGUGGGGGUUUGCGUAGGAAGGGGCGGAAAGAGGGUGGGAGAGUUUUGGCGUCUCGCUCUCUUUUUCCCUUCUACCGUUUACUGUUUGUUGUACGAAAUAGGAGAAAGGUGGGAACCAUGUUUACGUAGUAGCUCGAUCGUUUUAAAAGUCGGAGAAGUAAACACUUUGCAUCUAUUUUACUUUCUUUCCUUGUCGUCCCGUUUGGCCUUGGAGAUCAUGGUUGCUGUAUUUCUAAAUCUCCCGACUAAAUUAGCUGUUGUUCCUUAAAAUUGAUGUGGUGAGAAAUUUAAAGGAUUCACAGAACCAGGUACGGGGUCUGAACUUGUCUCUUUCGAGCAGUUCCCUUGAUGCCGCGUGGUUCUUCUUUCAAUUUCAACAAAACUGCGACCACGUAAUUUUUCUUUGGUUAA